AAGCCCUCGGAUAAGCUUUUGCGGGUCUCCAACCAGCAAAAUCCCGGCUACACGCUCGACUGUACACUCGACUGCACCAAAGUCAUAAACCCAAAUGCUCUCCCUCGCAAAACGACUCAAGAGCUCGCCGUCAUGCUUCCAGACUGCGGCCGCCGCCACCCAACUCCGGUGGGCUCGGACCGAGUCCGGCCCAUCUCGGCGCCGCCACAAGUCUCCCGCCCUGGCCAUGCGGAAGCAAGAGGAGAAGUCCGAGUGGUGGAUCGUUGACGGCGAAAUCCACGAGAUCGGCGAUCACGUGCCUCCACGUGAGCGGUUUGUCAUUCCCAGGGACAAUAUUCCCAACAAGCGCCGCAAGCAGCUCCGUGACCAGUUCAUGCGCCGCACUCGCCUCGUCCUCAAGGAAACGGAACACGAGCCUUGGUGCAAAAGAUACAUGGAGCUUUACCAGGAGCUGAGGGAAAAUUGGGAGAGGCUGUAUUGGGACGAGGGUUAUUCCAAAAAAAUUGCUCAGGAUCAUGCGAAUUAUGAAUCCGCUGAGGACGAUGAUCACGAUUUCUCUCCGUACAGGAACAAGCGGUUUCAUCCCGAGCCAUUUAAGGACAAUGCUUUUGCAAGUAGGCAAGGUGAUACCUGGGAAAAGGUCAACCAGAUUCGGGAUAAAUUUGAGUAUGACAGAGAAAGGAGAAUGAGAGAGAAAGCAUUUGCACCGAUGUCUGGAGAAGCUCCUAACUUCCAUGAUAUGAAUUCCCCGAGACAGCCUAACUUCCAUGAUAUGAACUCCCGGAGACAGCCAAAUGUCCAUGAUAUGAACUCCCGGAGACAACCAUUUGAUGCCCAGAAAUACUUCUCAGAUUCUGAAACAGACUGAAGAACUACUCAUGAUCUAUGUACUUAUAUAUGUACACGACAAGAGGCUUGGAAUGGUCACCAUUUCCAUUUCAUCUCUUCCUCGACUGUCAUUGUGACGGGUACUGAUAUUUGUACUACAACAGGCAGCUUUUUCUUGUGACGGUUGGCAGAUUUGAAUCGAUUGAUAUUGUUCGAAAUGCAUAGGAGUUUUGAGAUUUUAAUCCCAGCAGAGAUGAGAAAAGGUGUAUACGUUUUUUGAUGAUGAUACUGUUUUUGUUUAGUCAUACAAUUUUGUCUAGUCGUUUUUUGUUUAAUUGCAUAUUGUAUAUAUGAGCCAAAGUAUGAUUUAGGUCUCAUUUGGAAA